GCUCCGCAGCGGGAUUUCUGCUUAGUCUCAACAUCAUCUGCACUAACACCACCAUCAUCACUACGGCUCGCCAAAAUAUACCUUAUAGAAAAGAACUCACAACUUAAGCCGCUUCAUCGGUUUACAUAAUGUGGAUUCCCUUGCCAGGCCCCAAAUUCCUAUGUUAAUCAUCCCAAUUACCAGGUACUGGACUGAACUGAUAGACGUUGAUCGCUCCAGGCACUGUGAUAUCCAUUAUUGGAAGUUCUCGGGGUGGUUCUCCAGUUGGAAAGUGCCUCAUUUCCUCAUGGAGAAACUUCGUCAAUACUGUGCUACAGUGGGAUUUUGGGGUUCGCUCAAAAUACGCAAGGAGUAAAAACGCACUGUGGACCAGAAGAUAGGGGGUUGGGGCGAGGGUCCGCAAACAAGAUGCCUUGCAAUGGCAACUUCUUUCUAUUUUGAGGAACUUCGAGAGACUUUAUGAAGUAAUCAUCUCGAGAAUCUCCAGAACUGCUUUAAUAUUUAUGGGGCUGUGGCUUCCGUGAGAAAUGAGGGCAAGAAGAAUCAAAAAGCCAUCCAACUCCCCUAAAUAUCCUUCAUUCAAGAUUCAAAAUCGACAUAAAUUUGCCUUAAGAUAAUCAGAACACUCUGUCAUUGCUACCAUCAUGAAGGCUAUCAAUUUUCCCACCCUUGUUCUCUCACUAGUCUAUGCUACCGGUAUUGUUGACGCCCUUGUGACCCGUACCAUUCAGGAGCAAGCCAAAACCGACCCAGUUGGACACGGCAACUACGGUAACUUUGAAGAUGAGAUUUGGAGGUAUCAGAAGAUUAGUUGAGCUUUUUGUUGGGGUAAAACCGGACGAGUGGAACAAUUCAAUUCACAAAAGGGGUGUCCUUCCUCCUGAGGUGCAUGAUCUCCGGUCUCGAACUCCAAGAUGGAAGUAGAGAAUCUCCUUUUACAGCAGGACUUAAUGGACCAGUGCGAUGUUGGGGUGAGAUGUGCGUACAGGAAUGCAGAGAAAGCCGUCAUCUCAGGAGGCAAAGGUGGUAAGUUGCUUCUCAGAAAGAUUAGGGACACAUAUGGGCCAAACUCUUGGGGAUUUCUGCAAGGGCCAUUCAUGGCAAACCUCGCUGGCGUGGGUAUCCAGAAUUCCAUCAUUACCGCCUCCUUUCGCGGCGCAGGAAACAGGGACGGCAUUAAGCAAUGUUCGACGACCAACACCGACGCUAAUGCUUUUUUGGAGAUGCUUAAAAUGGUUGACAACAGAGAUCUCAACAUCAGCGCCUUGAAAAUGGAGAAAACAACACCUACUGAGUAACGGGGGGGGUACCGUGAGUAUCGCGAUUGUUGAAGAUGGCAAGAAUCCACCAGUAUUGUGUGGCGCACCACCGGUUAGGCAGUAUAUAUUUGGUGGAGGGACGUUCUGCUUCGCUUGCUCCUGUGUUGGAAUUGAUCGAAGAUCUUCUACGUAAGAUGUUUCUUACCCCCGCAAAGUUAUCAGAGUUGGAUGUCCCGAGUGCCGAGAAGCGCUUCGUUGAAUUGAAGGCGUUCAGGUCCGCUGCACAUUAUAGUUGUGAAGCCUGGUUGUUUCGUUAUUCAACGCUCGUUUGCGAUCAAAUGUAUCUAGUUUAAUCCUUUAUGCAGUGUAUGUUCUUUGUUCGUUUUGAAAUCAAGUUAAAUAAAUGCAUAUCUAAUCCUCUACGAAGUUCAAGCUGCUCCGUUUCAGCGGAGAUUCUC